AUGGAGCUUGCUAAUACCAAAGAUUUCCAGUGGAAAACCCUCGCCCCGCUCCCGAGCCGCAGGGUCUACUCAACCUUGGUGGAAGCCGGCGGGCAGGUGUUUGCCAUCGGGGGCUGCGAUGACAACGGGGUCCCCAUGGACUGCUUUGAGGUGUACUCCCCCGAGGCCGACCAGUGGACCUCGCUGCCGCCCAUGCCCACGGCCCGGGCGGGGGUGGCGGUGGCCACUUUGGGCAAGCGGAUCAUGGUGAUAGGAGGGGUCGGAGUGAAUCAGAUGCCGCUGAAGAUAGUGGAGAUGUACAACAUAGAUGAGGGCAAGUGGAAGAAGAGGAACUCACUGAGAGAGGCAGCCAUGGGCAUCUCGGUGACGGCAAAAGACUACAGAGUCUAUGCGGCUGGUGGGAUGGGAUCUGACCUGCGGCCCCACAACUACCUGCAACACUACGACAUGCUCAAGGACAUCUGGGUGUCGCUGGCGGCCAUGCCCACACCCAGGUACGCUGCCACAUCCUUCCUGCGAGGCGCCAAGAUCUACGUGCUGGGUGGAAGGCAGUCCAAGUACGCUAUCAAUGCCUUCGAGGUCUUUGACACAGAGACCAGGUCAUGGACCAAGUUUCCCAACAUCCCCAACAAAAGAGCCUUCUCCAGCUUCGUGCCCACAGAAGACAAGCUCUUCAGUCUCGGGGGUCUGCGGCAGGGACGGCUCUACCGGCAGCCCAAGUUCAUGAGGACCGUGGACAUGUUUGACAUGGAACAAGGUGGCUGGUUGAAGAUGGAGCGUUCCUUCUACCUGAAGAAAAGGCGAGCAGACUUUGUGGCUGGCUACCUGAAAGGCAGAGUUGUGGUGGCUGGGGGACUAGGAAACCAGCCGACUGUCCUGGAGUCCGCAGAGGCCUUCCACCCUGAGAAGAACAAGUGGGAGAGCCUGCCGCCCAUGCCCACCCCGCGCUGCGCCUGCUCCAGCAUCGUGGUGCGGAACUGCCUGCUGGCUGUCGGCGGGGUGAGCCAGGGCCUGAGCAGUGCCGUGGAGGCACUGUGCCUCUCCGAUUCCUAG